CUCCCCCUGGUGGUGGAGCCCAGACCACAGUUCCUGGUGGCCUCUUCCAGGGACAGGUGAGCCGCUGGAGGGCAUGCAGGGCCCCUCCUCCCUGGCACCUCCCAGAUGGGCAGCAGGAGGCUUCGAGGCUGCACACACCCAGGCUCUGAGCUGCUCUAGGUCUCCAGACCGGCUGGGCGCAGGCAGCAGACAUGGCCCAGUCGCUGUCCUUUGUCUUCAAUGUCCUCGACACCCCAGAGGACCAGGGCCAGGAGCCCAGCCCCUACGAUGAGAGCGAAAUGCACGACUCCUUCCACCAGCUCAUCCAGGAGCAGAGCCAGUGGGCGGCUGAGGAGGGGCUGGAGCUGCAGCAGAUGGGGUCAGGGACCUCAGGCAGUGACCACCAGGCCCUCCUGGGGCCCGAGGGUGCCCUGGCCCACAGCACGGCCACGCUCCGAAUCUUGGCCAGCAUGCCCAGUCGCACCAUUGGCCGCAGCCGAGGCGCCAUCAUCUCCCAGUACUACAGCCGCACGGUGGAGCUGCGCCGCAGAGCAAGCCGGCCUCAGCUCGGGGACCUGGGGCGCUUGGCCCGGCCCAGCCUUCGUCUGUACGACCUGGAGCUGGACUCCACGGCCCUUGAGGAGGAGGAGAAGCGGCUCCUCCUGGUGAAGGAGCUACAGGGCCUGACGGUGGCCCAGCGGGACCACAUGCUCCGGGCAAUGCCCCUGAGCCUUGCCGAGAAACGCUGCCUGCGAGAGGAGACCCGGAUCGCCAGGGGCCGGCAGGGCCAUCGCGGGCUCCCGUCCUGCUGUAGCCGGCUCCGAUAUGCCUGUGUCCUGGCCUUGCACGACCUGGGGCUGGGGCUGCUCUCUGCGCUGCACGUCCUGACGCCGUGGCGCUACGCCCUGAAGCGGAUCGGGGGCCAGUUCGGCUCCAGCGUCCUGUCCUACUUCCUCUUCCUCAAGACCCUGCUGGCUUUCAACGUGGUCCUGCUUCUGCCCCUGUUGGCCUUCACCGUGGGCGUGCAGGCCGCCUUCCCGCCGGAGCCCCUGGGCUCUGUCCCCGCCUUCACCGGCCUGGAGCUCCUCACCGGCGGGGGCCGCUUCACCGACACCGUCAUGUACUACGGCUAUUACAGCAACGCCACCCUGAACCAGCUGUGCGCUGCUCCGCCGGACGGCGGCCCGUGCAUCCCUGAGGCCGGCGGCCUGCCCUACAACAUGCCCCUGGCCUACCUUUUCACCAUGGGCGCAGCCUUCUUUAUCACCUGCAUCACCCUGGUGUACAGCAUGUCCCACUCUUUUGGGGAGAGCUACCGGGUGGGCAGCACCUCAGGGGCCCAUGCCAUCACUAUCUUCUGCUCCUGGGACCACAAGGUGACUCAGAAAUGGGCCUCCUGCCUUCAGCAUGACAACAUCCGCACCCGGCUCAAGGAGCUGCUGGCCGAGUGGAGGCUGCGGCGGGGCCCCCGGAGUGUGUGCGGGCGGCUGAAGCAGGUGGCUGUGCUGGGGCUCGUGUGGCUGCUGUGCCUGGGGAUCACACUGGGGUGCACGGUGGCCGUCUACACCUUCUCUGAGUUCAUGAUCGAGAGUCCUGUGCCUGCUGAGCCUGAGGGGGCGCUGCUGGCCCUGCCCCUGGUGGUCUGCCUCCUCAACCUGGUGGCCCCCUACCUGUACCGUUGCCUGGCCGCCCUGGAGCGGCACGACUCCCCUGAGCUGGAGGUAUACGUGGCCAUCUGCAGGAACCUCAUCCUGAAGACGGUCAUCUUGGGGAUCCUUUGCUACCACUGGCUGGGCCGCAGGGUGGGCGCCCUGAAGGACCAGUGCUGGGAGAACUUUGUGGGUCAGGAGCUGUAUCGGCUCAUGAUGAUGGACUUCAUCUUCACGCUGCUGGACACCGUCUUUGGGGAGCUGGUGUGGAGGCUCGUCUCUGAGAAGCGCAGGCGGGGGAGGCCUGAGUUCGACAUCGCCCGGAACGUUCUGGAGCUGAUUUAUGGGCAGACCCUGACCUGGCCCUCCUCUCCACCCCUCCCCAGGCUGGGGGUCCUCUUUUCGCCCCUCCUCCCUGCCAUGCAGAUCAUCAAGCUGGUGCUGCUCUUCUACGUGAAGAAGAUGAGCCUGAUGGCCAACUGCCAGGCCCCACGCAGGCCCUGGUUGGCUUCCCGCAUGAGCACCGUCUUCAUCUCGCUGCUGUGCUUCCCCUCCUUCCUGGGCGCCGCCGUCUUCCUCUGCUACGCCAUCUGGCAGGUGAAGCCCUCCAGCCUCUGUGGCCCCUUCCGGACCCUGGGUACCAUGUAUGAGGCGGGCAAGGUGUGGGUGCGCCGCCUGGAGAAGGGGGGCCCCGGGGUCUCCUGGCUGCCCUGGAUUCACCAGUACCUGGUGGAAAAGACCUUCCCCAUCUACCUGGUGUCGGCCCUGCUGCUGGCCGUGAUCUACCUCAACAUCCAGGUGGUGAAGGGCCAGCGGAAGGUCAUCUGCCUCCUCAAGGAGCAGAUCAGCAAUGAGGGGGAAGACAAAAUCUUCUUAAUCAACAAGCUUCACUCCGUCUACGAGAGGAAGGAGAAGAGCAGGGCUGGUAGAAUGCAGGAGGCUGCGCCGCCCCCCGCCCUGCUCACAGAGGAUCAGGACACCUGACAAGACGGUGAUGGGCCUGAUGGCUCAUCAGCUCGGCCUGCAUCACCCUCAGUUCCCACAGCCCUGCAGGCACAGACGCCGCCCUGGGCCUGUGCAGGCCCCCGUCUGGGUGAUGCCUCUGGGACACGGGGAGGGUGAUGAGACUACAGUCCCACUGAGGCUGGAGCUGGGACACCCCCACUGGGCCCUAUUUAUUCUGAUUAAAUAUGUUUUGCAAAA